UUAUGAUUUCUGCCCGUUGGUGUUUCCACGGUUUGGAUUAGCUCACAUUUUUUCUACUGAAAACGAAUGUGCCUCCAUCAUCGAUAUCAUCGAUAAUCGUGUACCGUGCCGUACAAGAAACAUUCUGCACCUACCUUUCUUCAAACUGCGUACCAUACUCACACCAUUCAGGUUUCAAAACGAAUUAUUCUCAACUGCAUCCAUCGRGAAUGAUUAAAAACCUAUUGAAUCGGUUUCUGCAAAUUUUCUUCACUACUGCGCUUCGUAUACAUUCAACGAUGAUAGAAUUGAAACGGAAACUGUUCCCGGAAUCGUCCACUGGUCUGAUUCCCGAUGAUGUGAUAUGGCGAGGAUCUAAGCAAAAGAGGAACGCACCUGGUCCCCGUCAAAAAAAGGAAAUUUCAACUGUAAAUGGGACGAUAUCAGCGCUACUUGUUGGGGAUCGUCUUGCGUCAAUACCUCAAAAAAUACGGAAGGAGAAACGCCAACGAAGCGCCAACAUGGACAAUGGUCUCGAACAUUCUGUCUUGAUGGUUCUCAAUGGCAAAGAAAAYAUCAAAAGCAAAAAGGGAGGCAGGUCACGACGGAAAGCAAAAAAUCAGCAGAAAAAUCAAACGAAARCAGGGGUCACUGCAUUACUUGAAAAGCGAGAUCUGUCGUCAAAUUUAGUUCGGGGUGGUAUGUUAACAUCCCUCGAAGUCACUGGUAGAUCCCGAAGCAGGUGUCAAUCGCGGUCUUUGGCAAGUAAUCCAACUCUGUCAAAACCAAGGAGAAGAGGGAAUGCAAAGAAGACAACUCAGAAAAUGAACCUAACGAACUCGACUGACAAUAAUGKCGACAGUUUGUUGUUUUGCCUUCCGAAUAGUUUGACGACGAACAAACAUUUUCAGUCAAAGACAACGCUGGCUCAAAAUGAUUCCAAAAGAUCACGAAGGACAGAGAUCCUCGAUAAAAAGCAAGAACGGAAGACAUCAAAGMCUUCGAAGCCCUCGACUCAGAGAAUAUUGCAAAUUGCAAAAAGUGGAAACUAUUUUCAGUCGAGUGUUGGAGAACCAUCUCGCCAGAUUCCGAUGCAGGAAAAAAAGCCAUUACACAGAACAAAAGACAAAACGAAGAGAUCACAAGAAACUUGUGGGCUAGGAGCAUUUAUUGCGAUUAUAGCUGAAAAUAAGACCAAUCAAUGCUCCAGAAAAGAAAAAUCUUUGAGGAGAUUUGUGUCGCCUCUGGAAAAUAGUGUGAAAAAUAAUUCCAUUCUUUCACUGAACGAACAGGGGUCGGCAUCGUCAUUUCCAGUGAACACAACUAAAAUGGAAACUAUUGGAAUGAAAACCACUACAUUGAGUGAUAUACCAAACUUCAUCAUUGUACCRAUAUCUCAACAGAUAGAACCAUCUUUGGAAACCGCAGACGUAGUUCSCAAUGAAUUUGAGAAGAASGAUAAUACGGCAGAAGCGGAAACYAAUGCAKCAGCGGCMAAGGUAUACCCAAAGGAUUGGAUGAUAUCGUCUAAAAAAGUUCAUAGGAAUAAAACUCGAUUAAAACACAAAAAUCGAGCAGCAUCGCCACAGUCUCCGAGAGAAAUCGAACACGAAGCGAAUCCGCCAAAAUACGCUCCGGGGACAAAGUUCGUAAAACACUUCCCCUCCCACGGCUUAUUUUUUGGAAAAAUUGUUGCUUUUGAACCUGAGUCAAGCCUUUAUAAUGUGUAUUACGAAGACGGAGACUCCGAAGACUUAGAAGAGUCAGAGUUGGAYGAGUGCAAGAUUCUGUCSACUAGCUCCGUAUUUGGUGAAGACGGYGACCAGGAACAGCUGAAAASAAUCUCAAUCCUUCAUAAAACUGAAGAGAAGAGUUCAAAAAAUGUUUGCARCGAUUCGAAGGGAAAUCGAACAACAGAUGCUUCUAACAACGAAGAAUCUAAUUCAGAUUGCGAUCCAUCAAAAUCUUYAGAUAAGAAAAUUCAAAGCAAGAUAUCUGAAAAGAACAAACUUACAAAUAAUCAAAAUGCCCGCACCUCUYCCAGGGAAUCAAGAAGACAGUCAAGAGAAACCCACAGGAAGCUAUUCUCCGUAGAGUCUUCGUCUCACAAAGGAGACAAAAAAUCAUUUACAAGGAGAUCAAAAAGACGGAGAAGCCAGCCCAUCAGACUCAUUGAUUCGUCUUGCUCAAAAGAUCAACGAGAGACACGAUCCAAUAGUAGAAAGAAAAGAAAAGUAUCGCACCAAAAAGGCGCGAACGAGAUCGUCAAAGAGCACAAAAUAGGUGAAGACACAACCUCUCGUGGUGACGAGCUUUUGACGUCAAGUCAAAACCAGCCAUUAUUGCCYUCGGAUGACGUCCAAAAGUGCAUGAAAAAGAARCACGUUGAUGAUGCUCUGAGAGCAGUGAUGCCAGAAGGGAACCAGGGGCAGUUGACCGGGGAUUCUGAUCAAACRGAAGACGACAUUUUCAAUUCAACUCCGAUGCGAAAGUUAUUCACGAGAAGUGGAUCGAACGAUACUAAAYCCAAUGRGAAAGAAGAGCACGAACAAGAAGAAGGCAAGAAGAGACGAAGGUCUAAAAGAAAGAGUAUUGAGCCCGAGAGGUAUGGAAAAUUCGCAAAUUCAGCAUCGAAAUCCUCGGAAAAGCAAAUUARAUUGACGCAACCUCUGUCAAAGUCCGCUGAAAAGAAGRUGGGGUCAGUGUCAAGGAAAGAAAAKAACAAGCCCAGAGUAAAAUCAAAAGCAAAGAAGCGGGUUCGCAUAGUUAACGAACAACCCGAAGAAUCGGAUGCCGAAAGUUGUUCCGCGUCAAAUACAAAAGACCCAUGGACASAAACUGAUCUGAAAACACUCCACAAGGCACAUAGAACUGCAGAUCCUACGUCAUUUACAUUUUGGGAAGAUGUUGCGGAGAGAGUAGGUGAAAAAUCUAGCAGAGAAUGCAGAGAGAAAUGGUUUUCUCUCGCGAAAACACCAGAGCCAAARAAAUCGAMGGCACAAAAACAGAAUAAAGUGAACAUCAUUUCCACUGGUCAUCCUCUCAAUGCUGAUGAUGAUAUAUUCAAUUCUACUCCUAUGAGAAGUGUAUUUGGUAUCGGUGAAAACAUCAACGCGUCAGCCAUCGAGUUCGAAGAGCUUGGAGAUAUUUCCAAUAUGAAUUUUGGGAGUUCGAUCAAGAUACAUAACCUCAAUCACAAUGAUGAUAACAUUCUACCACCGACCUACCAGGUGUCAUCGUAUCCACACGGGUACAAGACAUAUAUACAGAACAUUGGCCGCAGCAUGAGGCAAAGAGAUUCGAAGAAGAAAAUCAAGUCAUGUGGAAAUUCGAGUUAUCUCCCUCCGCUAAAGCUAGGAAGGAAAGUCGCUGAGUGUGUCCACGAAGGUGAUGUCGAGGUAAAAGGUAGAUUGAGUCCAGGGGGUACACUUCAUGUAGAUACWUUGGGAAACGAUGACAACGAAGAUUAUCUUGAUGACGACGUCGAGGACGAGUUGUAAUGAACCUACAAUAAUCCUUUGCACUAUUAACURCUAGUAUUGAAGAAAUCUGAUGUUUCUUUUAGUAUUUGGCCUACUAAUUCUGAAUAAUCUGAAGUGAAAAAAUAGUGGCAAAUACUGUGAAGUGUUUCAUAGCAAUUAAAAUMAUCUUACGCAG